UCGUCCAGGACUUACAAUCACUUAUCCAGAAUCCCCGGGAUAAUCUUAUUUAAAAUACUAGAAACUCUCUGAUCCCGAAAAUAUCAUCAAGUCUCUACUCUUUGCAGUUUUUCAAGAGUUGAAAUCUACCUCAGACUUGCGACAAAACUUCCAAAGCCUCACAUUAACAAAAUGCCGAAAGCAGAAGUUGGAUCAACGAAGUUUCUGAAUAACAAAUUAAAGUCUAAAGGUCUUCAGCGAUUACGAUGGUAUUGUCAAGUGAGCUUAUCCUCUUUGAUAAUAGAUAUUCGCCGACUAACAUCAUAAAUAGGUAUGCGAAAGACAAAUGCGGGACGAGAAUGGCUUCAAAAUGCAUACACAAUCCGAGUCGCAUGUUCGACAGAUGCUCCUCAUCGGCGAAGAUCCUAAAAAAUUUAUCAAUGAUUAUAGCAAUCAAUUCCAGCGCGACUUUCUACAAUUAUUACGAACCUCUCAUGGCGAGAAACAAGUCAAUUUAAAUCAUUUUUACCAGGAAUAUAUUAGCAACAAAGAGCAUGUCCAUAUGAAUUCAACAAAGUGGCCAUCCUUGACAGAAUUUGCAAAAUUUUUGGGCAGGGAAAGUUUAUGCCGAGUGGAGGAAACGGACAAAGGUAUACAAGUAGCAUGGAUUGACAACUCACCUGAGGCGUUAAGACGACAAGAUGCGAUUAGAAAGAAGGAGAGACAAGACAAGGGCGAUGAAGAGCGGGAGCAAAUGCUUAUCAGAGAGCAGGUACGUCGUGCGAAGCAAGAUGCCGAGGCUCGCGGAGAGUCAGAGAUGGAUGAGCAAGAACGAGGUCUCAAGAGGGAGGAGGGGGAGAAAAUAAAGCUUAGCUUCGGCGCUAAGGCUACGAUCUCAAACCAUGAGAGCAAAGCUGUUGAGCUACUGGAUAGCAAGAUGCCGGCUGGCAAUGCGCUUUCUCUCGAGACAGCAAAAGGUGAGGAUGAAUCCUCUGGGAUACUGGCGAAGGACGACAGUAAAACUGCAGAGUCUACGAAUCCCGAUGCAGCGGCGCCACCUCCAGCGAAAGUUUCCUUGAAGAUCGGAUUUCAGAGCAAACCAAAGAACGUUUUUGCAGCGGCCAAGAAGAAUGCUCUAGGAGGUAAGAAGGCCCCUGUGUUUGAACAACCGAAAAAGAUGAGUGAAGCAGAACGUAUUAUGAAGGAAGAGAUCGAGCGCAAGAGAACCAGGGAGCAAUCACAUGGAGGGCCUUCUCAAAAACGGCCACGAUUUUAAUUGUCUAUCAUGAGAAUUUGGCAUUGCAUGGAGUUAAAUAUGAAGGCACUUCAAAGAUAUGGGCGGAAUAUGGCGUUAUGUUUGAUACCACUUGCAUCUAUAGAAGAACUAAGUCAAGAAAUUUCUAUUUCUCAAGCUGUUCCACGUUCCCACCGUUGACUGUGCCAGUCCGUGAUCGUGCUGGGCCCUAUUGA